AACAUUGGACAAGAACAGUAGAAAAAGAAGAAAGCAAGAUCAGAAUACAACCAUGCAAAGGCUGUCACAGAAAUGAAGGCAGAAGAGAUUCGAUGCAAUGCUCAUUCACACGGAAUUUCAGAAGCAACAGAAGAGUAAUAAAGAAGAAUUGGAUCAAGAAAGCAGCAGAUAGUUCAAAGACUUAUGAAAUUGAACUUAGCUCAGAAAUGUUAAGUUGGAAAGAAGGAACAGAAAUCGAUACAGAAAAAGCAGAACAUAGCCAAGAAGUUCUAGAUGAGAUCAAAAUAGGACCUUUAUCUGAAGAUCUGAUUAAAAAUUAA